AUUGUACCUCCCUCUCUAUAUCUUUCUCUCUUUCUCUUCUUCCAUAACAAGUAACAUAACAACUCUUCAUAAUCCAUUUUUUAGCUUCAAAGUAUUAUCAAGUAAACAUAACAAAGAAACAACAACAACAACAUGAUGAUUAAUGAUUCAUCCAUGAAGCUUUUUGGGAGAACCAUUUUUGUAACACACAACCAUAUCGAUGUCUCUACCAAUGAUUCUUCCUCAGAAUUUGAUCAUCAUACUCAUGAAGAUUUAUCUGAUCAUAGUCUUCAUUCAUCUUUAUCUUCAUCUUCUCCACUUGAAGUGAAUUCACAAACUCAACAUGAUGUUAAGAGAUAUAAGGAAACAAAAAGUAAAAAACUCACCUCAGUGCAAGAUGAUGAUGAGGUCUCACAACAAACCACAGAGGAUUUAAAAACUCCCACAUCUUCAAGCCUUAUUGAGAACCAGAAAACACCCUCAUCAGAAGCCGAAACUUCUCAACUCAAUUCGACUAAACUUGAUGAACAAAGUGAUAUGUCACAAGACAAAUCUCUAAAGAAACCAGACCAAAUAGUUCCAUGUCCAAGAUGCAAAAACAUGGACACAAAAUUUUGUUACUACAACAACUACAACGUCAAACAGCCGCGACAUUUCUGCAAAAACUGUCAGAGAUAUUGGACUGCUGGAGGAACCACGAGAAAUAUGCUUGUAGGCGCAGGCCGACGCAAGAACAAAUUAUCCUCUUCAUUUUCUUCCGAUGUCUCGCGUUGUCGUCAAAUGAGUACUGUCUUAACCUUCGGAUCAGAUUCUUCAACUUCACUUAAGAAGAAAAUGAAUGUUGAAUCACAUGAAGAAAAAAUUGAUACUAAUAGUUAUCAAAGUUUUCCUCCACAGUUUCCAUGGAACCCUGCAAUGUCUUAUCCUGUGACAUUCUAUCCCAAUAUAGCAUACUAUGGUGGUUGUUUGGUACCAUCUUGGAGUGUACAACCUAUCUCACCACAAUCUUGUGCUCCAACUUUAGGGAAACAUUCCAGAGAUGGAAACAUUUUCAAGGGAUUUACAUCUAAGGGUGAUGAGAAUAAUCAUGAGGUUGAAGUAUCAUCAUCAGUAAUGAAAGCUAACCCUGCAGCUUUAUCAAGGUCUCAUGUGUUUCACGAGAGGGUAUGAUUGGGAAUAUGUAGAACAAACACCUCGGUUUGAAGGCGUGUUCGGUGUUCGACACAUGUGUACCUGACACUGACUCACGAAGUGUCAAUGUCGUGUCUGGUAUCUGUGUCAACUGUAAAUUAAGUGAGAAAUACUAAUUAGAUUCCAAAAUGUUUCUGUAACAGAUCAUAGGCACGUACAAUCACAUUCUACUAAGCUGCUUUUUUUAUAGAAUUAGAUGAUUUUGUUGAGUAAAUAUCAUUGAUGGACAUAUUAUGUAAAUGAUAAUUUUGGACUGAAAUCUAAUGGUUUAUUAUAAUCA